AUAUUGAAUUUGAACAAUCGAGUAUUUUACCGACUACUUUCCGACCGACACGACCAUCUAUAGCGUCUUUUAGUUCCGCGCAGGAUCGCGAACGAAAAUUAAUGAAUGUCUUAGCGGCACGCAGAACUGCUUUACAUCGUGGUUCCUUUCGUAGUCGUGUUGGAACGACAGGACGUACUGCCACAUCAAUAGAAACGACUUCAAAGUCUCCCACCGAUCCACGUUCAAUUUGUAUACGUAAUUGUACCAAAAACUUCACACGACGUACAACUGCUGGUUGUAUGCGUCAGUGUGCAAAUUUCUCUCGUACCCCGACUUUAGCAAAUAGCAAUAGUACAGCUAAUUCAGUCAAUGUCAUAGUGCGUCAGACUUCGAAGACUGGUUUAGGUACACAAGGCCGUGAACGAGACACAAAUGAAAUACUUUUUACCGAUGAAUCUUCACAUGGCUUAUUUGUGGUAGCAAAAGAACAAAAUGAUACUCUUAAUCAUAUUACGGAAACUGGAAAGAUUGGGAGUGGAACUAAAAUACGUAAUCGUGGUAAACCCGCUAUAGCUGUUACAUUAGCUUCAACGUCGAUAGAAGAUGACGAUAUGCAGCCGUAUUUAUAUUUUGGACAAAAGUUGCCACCACUAAGACCAUCUUUGUUAGCAAUUACUUCGGUUAGUGAUGAGCAUCCAAAAUUGUUAGAAGUAUCUGUAGCGCAAACAACCACAACAACGCCUGUUGCAAAAAUUUCAACUUCAACUCUUUCUGCGGUAGAACGUAGUCGUUCGCGUUAUAAAUAUAAUAUGCGCGCUAAUUGGAGACGUCCGAAUACUGGUAGUAAAUCGACUGUGCCAACAGGUGAAAUUGAAAUAACUCAACAAAGAAGUACAACUAGUAAACCAAAAAUAACAAAAACCACUUUGGCUACCAUAGUUAAACGCAAUGAAGAAAUUAAUGAAAGUAUGGCGCCAAAAUUACAAAUGACCACAGAAUUGCCGACAUCACCAACGCCAUUGAUAAUAACAGUACUCGGCGAUGAGGAGGAGUUAACUCAUCCUAAUGAAGACUUUAGUAUUAUGUCCAGAUUUAAAGAUGACACCGAAGUAACGCGUAAGAUUUCGAGUACACCACAACCAACGAAAACUACAGCAAGCAGUGCAAAAACCACUACAUCUGAACUUACUAGUACUACUACAUCCACUACAACUUUAAAACCAACUACUACUUCAACUUCAACUUCAACCUCAACUUCGACGUCAACUUCAACUACAACAACCACUACAGUACCAACAACUACCACCACACCCAGUACCACCACUACAACCACAGUCUCGACCACCAAAUCAAAAGCAACUACUAUUCCAACAAAACAAGACACCACUACACCCAAACGCAAAUCCAUAAUUGAAGAAGAUACUGAACGUUUACGAGCUAUGGGUCCCAGCUUAACACAGCCGAUCAAUAUGGAUGAGAAAACAAAUUUAAUUAUUUUCAUUAAUCGUACUUCUGGUAUAUAUGUACCGAUAACUUCGACUACAAUACGUCCAAUAGUUAUGCCAAACUCACCUACCACAGACUCUUCGUCGACCAUACUUCGUACUACAGUAUUGACAUCUGUGCGUUCCACUGUUAACCCACGAACAACAACUACUACAACAACAACCUCUGCACCCGCCACAUUUGUGGGUAUAAUCGAAACGGCUACUGUUGAAGCUUCUAUACCACAACAAUCUACGGCUAGUGGUAGUGAUAUAAGUUCCACUGUCGUUACAGAUGAUCAAGAAAUUUCCCUGGAAAUGCAUCGCAUGAAUGUGGCUACUAUGGUCCUAGCUGGUAUAGGAGUAUUUCCAUUAAUAGCUGUAGUGGUUUAUUUGGUGCGCACCUAUGUAUUGCGUAGACAUGCCAAAAAUGAUGAAGUUUUCGAUGUUUGUAUAACAGAUCAGCAACCGAUUAGUCCGGUCAAAAAAAUUGAUUCCAAACAUUAUAAAGAUGAAGAUGACGAUGAUGUCGACAAUCACAUCCAUAAUUUGCAACAGAAUUUACAAAAUAAUUUGAAAAUACGUGACGCUAACCAUAAUCAUCGCUUUGAUGAACACUGUUCAGUGACAAGUGACCAAGAGUUUGAUCGGAGCAAUAUACGUUUGAAGAGUUUACUAGGCGAGGGUAAUUUUGGUCAGGUAUGGAAGGCUGAAGCUGAUGAUCUAAGUGGACACUUCGGUGCUACGCGCAUUGUAGCUGUGAAGACUAUACGUGCUUGUAGCGCACAGGUUAGUUUGAAGGAUGAAGCAAAUAUUAUGCGUAAAUUGGGUUCACAUCAAAAUGUGGUCACACUACUCGGUGCUUGCGUUGAAAGUGAACCACAUAUGCUUAUAAUGGAAUAUGCUAUGCGUGGACGUUUACUUUCUUUGCUACGUGCAGCACGUAAUGCAACAAAUAUUUUGCCAGCAUCUGUGCCAGGUGGAAGGAGCUUGGCCCCAUUAUCACCGCGUACUUUAGCUGGUUUUGCUUUGGAUAUUGCUUGUGGUAUGGAGUACAUUGCUGAUAAAAGGAUUGUACAUCGUGAUCUAGCUGCACGUAAUGUCCUAUUAGACCACAAUGGCGUUUGUAAGAUAUGUGAUUUUGGUAUGUCAAUAGACUUAGAUGCAGAACGGAAGAAAAAAGAACAAGAAAAAAAUUGUGCCAACGAUAUCAUGCGAAGUAAUUUAAAUAAAUUUAAGUUCGAUUUUGGUGGACGAUUUAUAAUGCAACACUGGAGUAAUAAUUUCAGUGCAAAUCACUGCAUACAAAAUAAAGAAACGAAUGAAAAGAAGAAUCAUCAUAACCAUGGUCAUGGACAUGGACAUGGUCAUGAUACGAUAAGUCGACGACCUGCUUUACCCAUACGUUGGAUGGCACCAGAAGCAUUACAGUUUCAUGUCUUCACAACAGAGACAGACGUAUGGGCUUUUGGUAUUGUGCUUUGGGAAAUAGCAACUUUAGGCUCCACACCAUACUCACAGCUAACAGGGCGUGAGGUCAUACGUCGUAUACCACACGGUUUGCGCCCAGAUCUACCCAAAGAAAGUCGACAUGAAUUUUAUAAUUUAAUGUCACGUUGCUGGCAAAAGGACCCACAUAUGCGUCCAUCGUUUACACAGGCGCGUGUAGAAAUAUCACGUUCUAUGCAUAAAUGGGUUGAAGAUGACUCGGCUGCUUCUGAUUAUAUGGAUGUUAGCGGUUUCAGUGAAGAUCUGGAACAUGGCAUGGUUUACUUUAACCACAGAAUAUCUGAAUUCGAGUGCGAAAUAUGACGUUGACUGAAACGUUAAACCCUCUUCCCACACAUCUACCUACCAUUACUGAGUUUUUUGUAUACGUAUUUACCCACCCUCAUCACUUAACACUCCAUUUAUAAGAACACAUUUUAUAAACUAUUUUGCAAUUCAAGUGCUAGCAGCAGUAUUAUUAACAAGAUUUUGUUUUUAUUUCGGUUAAUUAUUUUUUUAUUUUGUGUCUAAAUUGUUCACAUAUUUAACAAA